AUGAGCGCAUUCGCAAAUAAACGCAAGGCGCGUAAAAUCACCAUUCACAAUGAAGAUGAAGAAGAGGGAGGCUCAGAAUCGCCGACACCGCCCUCUGUAGCUUCAGACUUCGACCAGGGGCCCGCUCUACAGCCAACGUUCAAGACGCGGCCCAUGAAGCAAUCGCUGUUGCGCAAAACGAUAAAAAUAUCAGAUAUCGAUGAGCCCCAACCAAACAACUCAACAGAAGAUGACGAGGAGGGCGGCGCACCAGUCGUGGUGCGGCCAGCACUUACCGGAAGAGCUGGUUCUUCAAAGAUCAAGAAACGAACUCCAGCAGCCUCGAAGCUCUCCUUUGACGCCGACAAGCAAUCUACAGACGAUGAUGGCGCCUUCAUGUUAGGCGGUGACCAGCCGGCCUCAGAGGCCAAACAAAGCAACCCGGUUGCUUUGGCGACGACGAAAUUUCCACACCGCAAGGGACUUACGAAAAAUAAUCGACUACCGAUACGAUCAGAGGAGGAAGAGGAGGAGGACCGCCCGCGGUAUAGCAAGGAAUACCUGUCAGAACUUCAAAGCGCAACACCCAAUACCCCUGCAAAUCUCGAGUCACUACAAAUCGCCGACGAAGAUGUGGAAAUGUCCUUGGAUCCGUCGGAGCUAGAAGGAGCUACUCUAGUAGAGCAAACAACGGCUCCCGCAGGACAGUCCACGGCCAUCUUGACCGAGGCCGAGAUUCAGGAAAAGAAAGAGCGGCGAGCACGCCGGGCUCAGCAGGCAGGAGCAGAAGAUUUUAUAUCCUUUUCAGACGACGAGCGGGGGGCGGGGGAUUCAUAUCUAUCCCUGCUCGCAAAACGCCAACCCGCCGUCAUAUCCCAGAAAAAGGAGAAACGGCUAGUGAAAGACGACAACCUCGACGAAGACGAUUCAUUUUUUGUGGAAGACGGCGGCCUUUCCCUCGGCGCCAAGGCCGAGCGGGAGGCGCGCAAGAAGAAGCGCGCCGACAUGGCCUCCAUGAUCGCAACCGCCGAGGGGGCCGAGGACGACGAAACGUCCGACGACAGCGAGGCGGAGCGGAGGGCGGCUUAUGAGAGCGCGCAGACCCGGGCGGGCAUGGACGGGCUCGCCGAGGAACGAGAGCAGCAGAGACGCCGGCUGGCCCGCGACGGCACCACGCAGGUGCCGCCCAAGAUCACCCCGCUGCCGGACCUCAGCGUCAAGGUGCAGGAGUACAAGACCAAGAUGGCGCAAAAACUUGCCGAAAUCCAGAGGGCCAGGGCCGAGAUUGACAAGAUCAAGCAAGAACGCGAGGAGAUUGAUCGGAGGGAGCCAGAGCUUCAGCAAUUGCUUAAUGAGGCCGGUGAGAGGUACCGCUCGCUAAUGGGUGGCAACGCACCAGCUCCUCAGACCGAUGAUGCCAACGGCACAGUUGCGGCGGCAAGAUCGUUGUUAGACCAUUCAAAGAACAUGGACACCCCCGGCCGAGGUCUGGAGAGCAUGGGCACGACGCCCCUAAGACAAACAGAUCAAAUGGAAGAUGUAUGA